UUUACUUGGAUUCGAUAUUGAGUUCAAUUUGUUUUCUCCACCGAUUUAUCAGUUGGAUUGGACACAAAGUACUAAAUGUUAUCGUUUUAUGAUUAAGAUCUCUUUAGAAAAUCCAUCACAAUCAGGUCAAAUGAAAAUUAUUCUACGUGCACCUUACGCCUCGAGUAUAUGUGAUGACAUUCCGAAACAAUUACAUCAUCACACUGAUUUCGAUUCGUUACAUCAUCAGCAACAUCGUCGUCAUCACCAACGUCAUCACCAACGUCAACAACAACAACAUAUGCCAUCUUCAUCAAUGAAUUACACUAAUCGUAGUACUACUACUGAUGGUACUCCUCCUCCUCCUACUACUACUCCUAAUGCUACUGCUACUCCUAACACAUUUACACAACAACAGCAAUUGACAAUGUUAUCGAAUGAGAAAAAGAACAAAUUAUUAAUUCAGUUUUGGGAUCUACUAAAUUCCACUACUACUACUACUGCGACUACUACGACUACGACUAUUUUGACAAUGGAAAGAAAAUCAUUCUUUUCACGUAGUCACUUAGUGAUAUUGAUUGAUAGUGCUACAUUGAGUUUAGGCAUUAUAUCAUGUAUACUGUGUAUACGUUCAAUUAUACAAGGAUUUCAUAUAUGGCUUGAAACUGUACGAUUUUUUAAACAUUGGUUUGGUAUACAAUUGAAUGGUGUAUUUUGGGAAUUUAUACGUCCAUGGAUUUUAUUUAUCAUUGUGAAUGAUAUUGUAAUUAUCACUACAUCAAUUUAUGCAUUGACUACAUUGAAUCAU